UAACCAAUGUUCAUGUUAAUUUUGUAGAUUAUUCGGAUUAUGAAGAUAGUUCUCUUGAGUUUUUGGAAAAGUGCUCCUCUCCACUCACACGUUCUUCUGGGAGCUCUCUGACUCUGCGAAGUAUGUUUACAGAGAAGAACACGUCAUACCAGUAUCCAAGAGCCAUUCUGUCUGUCGACCUGAGUGGAGAAAACCUCUCGGAUAUGGAGUUCUUAGAUGAUUCCUCCACGGAAAGCUUAUUACUGAGUGGUGAUGAAUACAAUCAGGACUUUGAUUCGACCAAUUUUGAAGAAUCUCAGGAUGAAGAGGAUGCUCUCAAUGAAAUUGUUAGAUGCAUCUGUGAAAUGGAUGAGGAAAAUGGCUUCAUGAUUCAGUGUGAAGAAUGCCUGUGCUGGCAACAUAGUGUAUGUAUGGGAUUAUUAGAGGACAGCAUUCCAGAGCAGUACAUCUGUUACAUCUGCAGGGACCCACCAGGUCAGAGAUGGAGUGCCAAAUAUCUUUACGAUAAGGACUGGUUGAACAAUGGACAUAUGUGUGGAUUAUCAUUUUUAAAAGAAAACUACUCUCACCUUAAUGCCAAAAAGAUAGUGUCAACACACCACCUGCUGGCUGACGUGUAUGGUGUAACUGAAAUUCUACAUGGACUGCAGCUGAAGAUUGGGAUACUAAAAAAUACACAUCACCCUGAUCUUCAUCUUUGGGCUUGCUCAGGGGUGCGAAAAGAGCAAGAGCAAGUGACAUUUGGCAUAGAGAAGAAAAUAGUGACUUUGCCAGAUACUGUUAAUCCAUCUGAAAGGACAUGUCACAAUCAAAGCCAUAAAGAAGCACCCCUUAGCUUACCGCAGAAGAUGGAAGAAACAUAUAUUAUAAGCGAGCACAGUUACCAGAAACCACAGAGUUUUGGUCAGGACUGCAAAUCAGUUACUGACCCCGUGAGCUCAGAUGAUGAAGAUAUGAGUAGUUUUGAGGAAGAUCAGGAAUUUUGUUCAGAUGAUAAAAACUGUUUGCAAUAUUCUUUAAAAGAAGAUGGCAUGAGUGAGCAGAACGCUGCUGAAGGGAAUGUGGUGUGUGCUUGUAAUGAAAAAAAAGGAUCAGAAGAACAAGUGGAUUCACAUCUUCAAUGGCAGCUAAAUCUCCUGACCCACAUAGAGAAUGUACAGAAUGAAGUCACUAGCAGAAUGGACCUUAUUGAAAAGGAAGUUGAUGUUUUAGAAAGUUGGCUUGACUUCACUGGAGAGCUGGAACCGCCAGAUCCUCUUGCAAGACUGCCUCAACUCAAGCGACGUAUCAAACAGCUCUUAAUUGACAUGGGUAAAGUACAGCAAAUAGCCACGCUGUGCUCUGUAUGACAACAGGAAGAAUAAAGAAAUAAAAAUAGGCUCUCUGCAGUGAAUUUUCUUAUUAGUCACAAGACUGGCAGGAGGACAGCAAAAAGCUGGAUAUUUGUCUGGUUCUGUGCUGAUUACAUUUUUAGCCUGACGCUUUGGAGAAAAGAAAGGAAAUCUAGAGUAAGGAAAUUCACACUGAAAAGCUAAAUAUGCUAUGUUCAAGAUGCAAAUUACAAUGUCACAUAUUGAGGAACAUUGAUAUGGUCUACAAUAUGAUAAAUAAGACAUGUGAAGUGACAGAAUUUCACCUUCAGGUCAUACAAGAAAGUUCAAGAAAUCUCUGCAAUGGAAGAUGCUAUAAUUUUAUAGUCAGUAGCAGAAAGAGCCAAACUCUAAAACGUCAGUGGGAAAAACAUACAUCCAUAAUUAUUUUUUCUCCCGUUGCUAGUGAAAAUACAGACACGGAGAGAUCCAUAUCCUCUCUACAGUUGGUCCACCCCCAAAGUUUUAUGCAGAUAACCGAUCUUUUGGAGCUGAUGAACUAUUUCUUGUCUAAUUAGUGUUAUUCAGGAAAAUGAAAACAUUUGCUUCACUUUUGAAAGAAACCGUAUGUGGUGGUCUCCUUAUAAAUAUUUUUUUUUUAAAAUGGAAAUCCUCAUUACAGCACCCUUAGGCUCUUUUAAAAACGUAAGUGGCAAACAGUGGUCAGAUGUGCCAAAUAAUGCUAAAACCACUGGGAUGACAGUUUGAAUAUAUUGAAAUAUCUGAAGAGGGUUUUUUUCAAAGUUCUACCUGGUGCCAGCAAUCCAUCCAAAAUUGUAUCUAAUUUAUAUUUUUUUAUGUUCUAUUGCAGUAUUCAGGAUUCAAAGUACAUUUUUGUCCUGGAUAGUUCAGCUUGGUGUUAGCCCUCUGAAUCUUUACCAACCUCAUCUGGGAUGAGGAACGACAAGAGCAGAAAAAUUGCUUGAUUGUGGCUGUGAAUUACUAAACCACUAGAUUGAAUAUCGCAAAGAUGCAUUAUCUAAGAUGUUUUUAUAAAACUUUUAGCUUCAGUCAUAAGUGAGUAAAACAUCAUGAAACCAAAGGCAACCUAGUUGCUCUGUUAGCUCUUGCUGGAUUUUGAGCGCAGGACCUUCUCUUUGCCUGUGCUCAUGUAAGUUGUCACUGCACCCAGUGCUACAUAUGCAUGUGUAGGUAUAUGUGUAUAUACACGCACAUUCAUAUGUACAUACUAUAUACAUAUUUAUAUCUACACAUGUCUAGUUUUAUUACUAUAGACUAUAAGAACUGGUGGUUAACAUGAAAUGUUACCUUUUAACAUGCAGUUUAUAAAAUUGAAAAUAGUGUAUGUACAGGUUUUGGAAUUUGUAAAAUAUGACUGUUAAAAGGAGGCUAUUUAAUUGAUGAGAUAAGAUACUUGAACAUUUUAUGCCUCGCAGCUGUUUAUCAGUUCUAGUUUUCUGUAUAAAUGCAUUUUAGAACCGAUAGACAGUAAACUUGAAUUUACCUUUUGAUAAGAGUACAAGCCACUGUACAUUCAAAAAUUAUUUAAAUUUGCAAACACACUGUUCUAUAUGUAAGGUACUGUAUGUAAAACUGUUUAUUAAAACUAUUCUACAUACUCUA